GCGCCUAGCAUCUCCCGUGCCGUCGGACGCCCGCCCGAACGCUGUUGGUGCGACGCCGACGAAAUGUUUUCGUUCGGCCAUUCCGGAGCGAGCUCCGGUUCCGGCAGUUGCCAGCUGCUGACCAGGAAGAAAAGACGAGGCAUAAUCGAGAAGAGACGUCGUGAUCGGAUUAACACCUCUCUGACCGAACUCCGACGGCUCGUACCCACGGCAUUCGAAAAACAGGGAUCUGCCAAGCUGGAGAAAGCCGAAAUUCUGCAAAUGACAGUGGACCAUCUGAAGAUGCUGCACUCGAAAGGUGUGGAUGCAUUCACGUUUGACCCGCACAAGUUCGCCAUGGAUUACCACUCCAUGGGCUUCCGUGAAUGCGCAAGCGAGGUGGCCCGCUACCUAGUGGCCAUUGAGGGCAUCGACCUGCAAGACCCGCUUCGGCUGCGCCUCAUGAGUCACCUGCAGUGCUAUUCGGCACAGCGAGAGCUGGCCGCCAAGUCGUCCUGCUGGAGUCCAGCGAGUCCAGCGGCUCCUCACUACCCGACCUCCAGCGGCUCUCCCCAGGCGUCUCCGGCCACAGCGGUGGUGGAGCAGUACGCCUCGGGAAACGAGCCGCCGCGGCUUGAGACCAAGGGCUUCCGGCAACACUUGCCCGUGGCCACCAGGACGACGCACAUGCCCCUCACGCCCCCGACGGCGAACGUCAUGUUGCCAACUGCGGCGACGCAACAGGGGGGAAACCAGUACUUCCACGGCGUCGCUGCCGCCCAUUUCUCUCCCAUGACUCCCCCGACGUCGUCGACGACGUAUGGCUCCGACCUGUCCCCGCUUUCUGGUUCCGGCGGCGUCAAACCGUACAGGCCAUGGGGCAGCGAGAUCGCCUACUGA